GGAGGGAAAAGCAGGAAAGGAAAGAGCGAGAAAAGAAGAAAAUGAGCGUGCACUUCCACUACUACCCUUUCCCACCGUUGGCUUAUGGUUGCAGCUAUUACGCUACUUAUGCAACAAAACGCACUCUCUCCACCUACCGUCGUAUUCCACCGCACUCUUCCUGCUUCUCCGCCAUCACCAAUCUCUUCUUCCCAAACCCUAAUUUCUUCACGGGGAACACUCUUUUCCUUAGGAUGAAGCGAUUUUACCCUGUGAGUGGCACGAGUAAGAUCAAAGCGAUGGUGGAGAGGUUGCAACGAUGUGGAGUGAUCACAUCAAGUAAAGUGGCUGAAGUAAUGGAGAAAGUUGACAGAGCGUUGUUUGUACCUGAUGGAGCUGAGCCUUAUGAUGACAGCCCCAUGGCCAUAGGGUACAAUGCCACUAUAUCUGCCCCGCAUAUGCAUGCCAUGUGUCUUCAGUUGCUUGAGGAGAAGUUGCAGCCUGGGAUGCGUGCUUUGGACGUUGGCUCUGGAACGGGUUAUCUGACGGCGUGCUUUGCCUUGAUGGUUGGACCCCAAGGCCGUGCUAUUGGUGUAGAGCAUAUUCCUGAAUUGGUUUCUUCUUCCAUAGAGAAUAUUCAGAAAAGUGCUGCUGCUACACAAUUGACAGAUGGAUCCCUUUCUAUUCAUGCUGGUGAUGGGAGGGAAGGUUGGGCAGAGUUUGCACCUUAUGAUGCCAUUCACGUUGGAGCAGCAGCACCAGAAAUUCCCCAACCUCUAAUUGACCAGCUGAAGGCUGGAGGUAGAAUGGUGAUUCCUGUUGGAAACAUAUUUCAAGAUCUAAAGGUGGUGGAUAAGAAUUCUGAUGGUUCUAUCAGUGUCCGGACUGAGACGUCUGUUCGUUACGUUCCCCUCACUAGUCGAGAAGCUCAACUGCGAACUUACUAAAAUGCAGCCAAAUACUGAAUAUUUAUAUUUCAGAUGUCAGUGUUGGGAUCUUGGACGAACACAUACUGUUAGAAUUUGUACAGUUAAAAAUUUCCUGAAUUUGUACAGUUAAAAAUUUCCUGAAUCUUGUUAGUAUAAAGUUUCAUAUUCUGCUUA